GGCGAGCCGCGCCGGGGCCGCGCUUCCGGGUUGGGUCGUCCGCAGAGGCAACGCGCAGGGCAGGCACGAGCGGGCCUCGGAGCCGGGCCUCGGACCGCCCCCUCCGCGCCCGGCACGCCCGGCGCCGCCUUCCGCGCAGUCCCCGGGCUCGGCCACUGCGAGGUCCCAUUCGAGUGCGGCGCCGUAACAAGUGGGCGAGGAUGCCGUACGAGAUCAAGAAGGUGUUCGCUAGCCUCCCCCAAGUGGAGCGGGGCGUCUCCAAGAUCCUCGGCGGAGACCCCAAGGGCGAUCAUUUCCUCUACACCAAUGGCAAGUGCGUCAUCCUGAGAAAUAUCGAUAACCCUGCUAUUGCUGACAUCUACACAGAACAUGCCCAUCAGGUGGUAGUGGCCAAGUAUGCACCCAGCGGGUUCUACAUUGCUUCUGGAGAUGUCUCUGGGAAGCUAAGGAUCUGGGAUACCACACAGAAGGAGCAUCUUCUAAAGUAUGAGUACCAGCCUUUCGCUGGGAAGAUCAAGGACAUUGCCUGGACUGAAGACAGUAAGAGGAUCGCCGUGGUCGGGGAAGGAAGGGAGAAGUUUGGAGCUGUCUUCUUAUGGGACAGUGGCUCUUCUGUGGGUGAGAUCACAGGACACAACAAAGUCAUCAACAGUGUGGACAUCAAGCAGAGCAGGCCCUACCGACUAGCAACAGGGAGCGAUGAUAACUGUGCGGCGUUCUUCGAGGGCCCCCCAUUCAAGUUCAAGUUUACAAUUGGCGAUCACAGCCGCUUUGUCAACUGUGUGCGGUUCUCUCCUGAUGGGAACAGAUUUGCCACAGCUGGUGCUGAUGGCCAGAUAUUCAUUUAUGAUGGAAAGACAGGAGAGAAAGUGUGUGCCCUUGGAGGAAGCAAGGCCCAUGACGGAGGAAUUUAUGCUAUUAGUUGGAGUCCUGAUAGCACUCAUUUGCUAUCUGCCUCUGGAGACAAAACCUCUAAGAUUUGGGAUGUCAACGUGAACUCUGUGGUCAACACGUUUCCCAUGGGCUCCAGUGUUCUGGACCAGCAGCUGGGCUGCCUGUGGCAGAAGGACCACCUCCUCAGCAUCUCGCUGUCUGGAUACAUCAACUAUCUGGACAAGAACAACCCCAGCAAGCCCCUCCGGGUCAUCAAGGGUCACAGUAAAUCCAUCCAGUGUCUGACAGUGCACAAAAAUGGUGGCAAGUCUUACAUCUAUUCUGGGAGCCAUGAUGGACAUAUCAAUUACUGGGAUUCAGAAACAGGAGAGAAUGACUCCUUCUCUGGAAAAGGCCACACAAACCAGGUUUCCAGGAUGACGGUGGAUGAAUCUGGGCAGUUGGUCAGCUGCAGCAUGGAUGAUACUGUGCGGUACACCAACCUCACGCUGAGGGACUACAGUGGACAAGGAGUUGUGAAACUGGAUAUUCAACCAAAGUGUGUAGCUGUUGGCCCUGGGGGAUAUACUGUGGUUGUGUGCAUUGGACAGAUUGUCCUCCUGAAGGACCAGAAGAAAUGCUUCAGUAUCGACAACCCUGGCUACGAGCCGGAGGUCGUGGCUGUGCACCCUGGUGGGGACACAGUGGCGGUUGGGGGCUUGGAUGGCAAUGUGCGUAUUUACUCCAUCCUGGGAACCACGCUAAAGGAUGAAGGCAAGCUCCUAGAAGCCAAGGGGCAAGUGACAGACUUGGCCUACUCCCAUGAUGGUGCCUUCCUGGCCGUGUGUGAUGCCAGCAAGGUGGUCACGGUGUUCAGUGUGGCUGAUGGUUACUCGGAGAACAAUGUUUUUUAUGGACACCACGCAAAAAUCGUGUGCCUGGCCUGGUCACCAGACAAUGAGCACUUUGCCUCUGGUGGCAUGGACAUGAUGGUGUACGUGUGGACACUGAGUGACCCAGAGACCAAAGUCAAGAUCCAAGAUGCUCACCGGCUGCACCAUGUCAGCAGCCUGGCCUGGCUGGAUGAGCACACAUUGGUCACCACCUCCCAUGACGCCUCUGUGAAGGAGUGGACAAUCACCUACUGAGGACGCCGCUCACCCCACGGACUGAAUCAGGGACUAGAUUUUAACUGCCUCGGAGCACCCUUCUCUUAACUAUUUCUGUAACGCUCCCCUUCCCACCUGCCCUGGGAGUGAGCAGGACCUGCGAAUACCCUCCUCUCUGCAGGGUGUCCAUUGUCUGUACGCGUCCUUCUGAAAGCUUUAGACAGUAACAGUUUGCACAUGAGAAAUAAAGCAAGCACUUAAACAGCAUGUGGAGCGUACCUAAAAACUUACAGCCCACCAGACCGUGAGAGCGUGGAACAUUCCAGAGGCAGCAGCCUCCAAAGCACAGACCCCAGCCCCUGUGGCUCUUGUAGCUUAUCAGGAAAGUGGGUAGGGAGCAGACCCCUGCUCCCCUUUCCCAUGCAGGAUGCAGCUGCAAUGGAGAGGAGGAGCUGCUCUGCAGACCCCUGUGUCAGCAUUCUGGGUAGAGCAGGUGUCUGCUCCAUGGUCUAAGUCAUGUUACAUGGCUGUCUCCCUGGAGCCAUCCCCGGAUCCCACGGGGACAUGUGAACCUUGAUCUCAUUGUCAGAUUUUGUGCUUGAUUUUAAGAAUGGAAUCAUGGGAUUUCUUCUUUUUUUUUUUUUUUUUUUUUUUUUUUAAUGUAUUUUGACUGUUGUCUGUCUUGUUUCUGAGCUGGCGUGCUGACAGUACCAUGUCUAGGCAAAUAGAACCCUUCAUAGCCAGACUGAGGCUUUGGUCACAUGAUCACCAUGCUUCAAUGUUUUCCUGUCUCUUUCUCCCCCCUCCCCACCUGGCCCCAAGAGCAGAGAUUAAGGACAAGAUGAUGUCACUGUAACUUGUCAUGUUUUUACUUUUUUUUUCUUUUUCAGUGCAGAAAUUAAAGUAAGUAUAAAGCACCGUGAUUGGCAGCUUCUUUGCGUGUGUCGGAAUUACUGGUAAAUGUUGGCUGAGAACAAUCCCUCCCCUUGCACUUGUGAAAAGACUUUGAGCGCUUUAAGAGAUUAGACUGAGAAAUAAUUAAAUAUCUUUUCUCUUGA